AUAGUAAUCGCUAGUAAAUCGUUUUUUAAUGUUUUAUUCAUUGUUAAUAUGUGUUUAGGUAGAGAGGUACUUGAAAUAAGUGUCGAGUUUUGCGUCAUAAAAGGUCUGAACUUGACUUACUUUGGUAGAAAACCUUUAUUUUAUCAAUUAAAGACAUUGAUUCAGAUAAAAUUACCAUUGUUAUUGUUUAAUUUAGAGCUAAAUACAAAAUCCUCUAAAAAGUCUAUAAUAUAUUUUAAAUAACAAAGAAAGUAAGUACCCAUUAAUAAUAACACGUGCGAGGAUAACAUUAAUCUAAAAACAAGUGUCGCAAACCGGCGUCAUCCUUGCCCUUGAGACGACAAUGAAACCUUUUUACACGUAACCUUAUAAAUAGGCCCUACUCACAAUGUCAAAAACCUUGUUUUAGGUUUUUGUUUACACUAGUACGUCAUAUCAGGUCAUAUCGGAUUUCGUUGAUACUUUUUUUGUUAUGAAAUUGUUCAUUAAGCUGCAAGUCAUUUUGUGAUAAUCGCGAAACUGGAUUGUUACUUGUUAGUGUCUGAACGACUUUCUAAUUAGAUAAAUGUUUUUAAAUGGUGUUUAUUGAUUAUUUAAGUAUCGAUUAUACAAAUUGGGUGAUUAGACUCUAGUGCAAAAAUAUUUACACUUAUUGAUGACGGGAUCGAGGUCACCACGGGGCCGCGUGGUACCAGAGGGCGUCUACAACAACGCACACUUCAUGCACGCCGCGACGUCGCACGUCGGCGACAUCGUACAGGUGCUCACGCAGUCUGGAAGCUUAUGGGAAGGAGUCUUUAAAACUUUUAGCGCACAAUUUGAAGUUGUUUUAGAAGUGGCUCAUAGAGUCGACCAAGAAGGCGUUGUUGCCGUAGAUUCAGUAGUUGAGAAAUUAAUCUUCAAGCCACAGGAUGUUGUCUCCAUUAGGGCGAAGGAUUCGGACCUUGAAUACGCCACCCAUGACGUUUUCCAGACAGAUAGUGCUAUAUCUAGCAAGUUUAAUGGUGUGUCCGCAGGUAACGGACGAACAGGCGAGGAGCGCUACCUCGAACCUUGGGACGGCUGCGACGUUGAAGUCGGCGAGUCUCCUCAACUGAACGGGGACGCGCUACUCGAAGAGUUGGAGCUCGACCACCGCGCCAACGGCUGGGACGCCAACGACAUGUUCCGUUAAAACGAAGAGGUGUACGGCGUACACAGUACCUAUGAUCACUCGCUGGCUGGCUACACGCUGCCGCUGCAGAGAAAGGAUACUCAAGAUUAUAGGGACGCGGAAGCAAAAG